AUGGCACCGUGGAUCCGUCUUCUCUCCUUGACUCUGCUGUCCGGCUUCUUUCACACUGAUAGUAGCUUGAAAGUCUUUCAGUCCCCACGGGAUGCCAGUGCAGUCCUGGUGCGACCAAAGAGAGCCAAUUCCUUCCUGUUUGAGGAGUUCUUGCAGGGUAACCUGGAGAGGGAAUGUAUGGAAGAACGAUGUACCUAUGAGGAGGCCAGAGAGGUCUUCGAGAAUGACCAAAAGGCUCAAGCCUUCUGGACGGUGUAUUACGACGGUGACCAGUGCCAGUCCAACCCGUGUCUACAUGGUGCGACCUGCACCGACAAGAUUGGGGGCUACAACUGUACCUGCACCGAACUGUACCAGGGGGUCAACUGCGAGAGGGAUGUAUCCCAGUGUCACUCUGACGGCCCCUUGUCCUGUGAACAUUUUUGUCAUCCUUCCUUCCACUCGUACAAAUGUUCCUGUGCGGACGGCUACAAGAUCCACAGCGACGGGAGGUCCUGCCUGCCUGAAGGUCCGUAUCCCUGUGGGAGGGCUCCCAUUCAAAGCCAUGCUGCCCCACAGCCAAACCUGAGCGACCUUCCCUGCCCACAGGGUCACUGUCCAUGGCAGGUCCGGUUGAUUCAUGCCAAUGGGGAGGAAUUCUGCAGGGGUGUCAUUCUGGGCCAGCACUCACUGCUGACCACCGGCAGCUGUGUCUCUCAGGAUCCCAAUUUCCUUGUCAUCGCUGGCCCAGGGGACGAAAAGGACCCCAGUUUGAGGAUGUCUGUGUCCAAGAUCAUCGUGCACGACAAGUACGAAAAUAACACCACGGGGAGCGACCUAGCCAUGGUGCAGCUAUGGCAGCAUUUUCCGUACGGCCCCGCGGCGUUCCGGGCCUGCAUCGCCGAGCGGGACUUCAGCGAGAACGUGCUGAUGAAGGUCGGGCGCAAGGGCCUGGUGGGCACCCUGUCGCCCUCGUACCUCCCCCUGCAGCUCUGCCAGGCAGAACUGAACCUCACGUUCACUCUCACCAACAAGAUGUUCUGCACAAACGCCCAAGAUGCACCCAAGGCAGGUAGAGGCCAGAGUGGCUGCGGCCUGCUACCUGGCAUGCCCAUCGUCACGAUGGAGAAGAGGACUGCCUUCGUCACGGGGCUGCUCAUCUCACCCCCAGCAAAUGAUUGUAGCAAAGGAUACACCUUCACCAAACUCUCUCGCUACCAACCCUGGAUACAAAGUCAUCUAGAUAACAUUGAAAAGUGA